CAGCCGGCAGUCACUCUGCAGUCGGCUCGCCACUCUUGCGCAGAACGGCAGAAUACCGCUCGAUACGAGGCCAGACGAACGUCCGAGCAGGCGCCGCGCACGCAACAUCGGAAUAAGUGACAAAAAGUGGUGAACAUUAAAUUAAAUUGAUCGUGCAAAGUGGUACUUCCCAGCUAAGGCCGGAUCCCUCGUAACAAGUCCCAGGGCGACAAAUGAAAUGGCGCGGUACCAGCUCCUCUGUCUGAUCAUCGUCGCUGCUACUGAUAUUAGAACGUGCUACGGCGAGAGCCCUGAGACGUUGAAGGAACAAGAAAGUACUUUGCCCGAGCUGGCAAAGGAGGUGGAGGACAACAGCCGUUACAAAACACUAGAGGCUAACGCAACCGUUCUUAAACUUCUAGUGGAUGACAAAAAUGGAGUCAGCAGAUCGGAAGUAUUCGACAUGCUUCAUUCGAGGGAUGACGAUGAACACCACGUGGACUUGCCAACUUUCCCUGAAGACGCAGAAGAUGCUCGCGUAGAAGUGCCUUUAACUCCUGACUCCCAAGCAGAGUUUUUACAAGCUGCCGGCGAUGCCGUUCGCAAGGAUUCGCAGAAAAUACGAACCGGUAGCGUCCGAGGGGAGCCCAUAGGAGCUGCAGCUGGCAUCAUGGUCGUGGUCACUUGCAGCAUCGUGUGCCUCGCCUACACAGCCCUCAUCGUGUGGAGGAGGAUAUACCUAAAACGUAAUGGCCUCAAACAUGAACUUCUACGAAAUGAAGAAACUAUUGCCGAGACUAGGAUAGAACUGUGAAAAAGAUAAUGGGAAGAGAAGAGCUUCGAACAACGUUACUCGAUUCUCCAGAUCAUCGGUUUCGGUGGCACCACUCUGAUAAGCUUCAAGACUGAAUAACACUAAAUUUCAUAGAAUAAACAUCAUUUAGAAACUAAGUAGGUCUUAUAAUGUAGACAAGAUUUUUUGCAUCCAUACAUGAAUUUUAAUCAUCGUACAUUCUGCAAGUAUGCCAGUAAAUUGAUGAUGAUAACGAUAAUGUUUUCUUUCAUAAGAUAAAUUGGUUCUUGUCACGAAAUGUACACCAAAAUUGUGCUGCACUAUCUUUAUUGAUUUUAAAAUCUUGUAAUCAGGCUUCACUGAUUCUAGUCAAGGUAAACAAUUUUCCAUGUAACUUUCGAGAUUUCUUAAGCAAUUCUUCAGAACAGUUUCUAUUGCACCUAACUGUAAUUAUUUUUUUAGUGUUUAAAAAGUAUCAAAAACAACGAUUAUUUAAGUACAAUGUUUGUAUUUUUAUGUCAACAUUUUUAAGAUUAUUUUUUUAUGAAAUCUAUUGAUAAUGUAUUAUUUUACUUGCGCUGAUUGCAAAAUAAAUCAAAUGAAUAGUGUGCCAUAACAAUUUGUAGAACAAACCAUGUUGGUUGUAGUCAAUAAUAUAGUAUGAGAACAAUUGGCAUGUUUAAAUAUUUAUUUUUAAUUUAAAGUCAGAACAUGUCUGUGAUGUUUUAAUUAAGGAAAUUUGGUAAUUAAAUUUAAUUUUAUAAAUAAA